AAAAGGAGUUCCUCAGGAUAAAGGGGGGUAUCCCGCGUUGUAGUCAGUGACGUAGUAAUGUGCAUGUUAUCUAGAGGAAAGACUAUUUUCUAGAACUGAGUGCUGUGUUUUGGUGAAAAUGACUUAAGUGAAUAUGAACACUGUGAGUGCUUGUUUUAGGAAGAAGUGGUGAAGUUAAAAGGAAGGAUGUGGCCAUUAGCGCCACUGGUGAUCCGGCUGGCAGCCGUUUCACUGGUGGCGCUAGCCCUUGCCGAUCCAGGCACGGGCAGCGACUCCUCAGCAAUCACUCAGCCAUCGAAGCGCACCAAAGCGCCCGUGCGAACCACGGGCCCUUCGCCGAAGAAGCCAGAGCGGCGACAGCGCAACCGUCGCCGCACAACCACCACGACGACCACAACUACCACAGAGAUGUAUGACGAUGAAGAGGACCUCACCACACCUGUUACAACUACCACGCUCGAUCCCAGAACUUACGACCACACGGAGCUGGGCAGCUGCGAAGUACCACUGGGAAUGGAAAGCGGCAUGAUAUCCAACGAGUCUCUUGCAGCCAGUUCCAGUUACGAUCAGAGUGUGUCCCCGCUCAGUUCAAGGAUAAGGACAGAAAUACGAGGCGGAGCCUGGUGCCCCAAUGGGCUGAUCUCGCCUCGGAGCCGACAAUAUUUAGAAAUAGAUUUACACGACGAAUACCUUAUCACCGGUACCGAAACCCAAGGCAGAUUCGCCAACUCAAUCGGCGUUGAGUUCGUGGAGAGCUACUCUGUAGAAUAUUGGCGGGUCGCACUCAACCGCUGGGUCAAAUACAAAGAUUUUAACGGCAGUCGACUAAUACGAGGGAAUGUCAAUACUUAUACACCACGUAAGACCACUUUAGAAGCCCCGUUCAUCGCAUCCAAAGUCCGGUUCUAUCCAUAUGCUGCCCAUCCGAGGACAGCGUGCAUGAGAGUGGAAAUCUACGGCUGCCGCUGGAAACAGGCUCUUAUUGCGUACUCCGCGCCCCAAGGCGGCGACAUGCAGGCGAUGACGGGCGGUGCACGUUUUGAAGACCUCUCGUACGAUGGCAUCAUACGUAACGGAAAAAUGAUUGAUGGUCUCGGCCAAAUGACAGAUUCGUACAUAGGACCCAAUGAUUUUGAAUUGCCUGAUCCCUUAGAUACCCGAGGAACACGAUGGGUAGGCUGGAACAAAACGAUGUUAUUAGAGGAUCAAAUUGAAAUUACAUUCAAUUUCAGUGACGCUAGAUUAUUUCAUCACAUGGAUAUACACACGAAUAACAUGUUUACGAAAGAUGUGCAGCUCUUCAAAGAAGCGGAGGUAUACUUCUCUCUAGAAGGGGAACGCUGGCAAGAAGACUAUCUCUCCCAUGAGCCAAAACAAGAUAAGGUUUCAGAACAUGCUCGGACCAUCCACAUUGACCUUGAAAACCGCACAGCGAAGCACAUUAUGAUGAAAUUAAAAUUUCAACACGAAUGGAUUCUAAUUAGUGAAGUCACCUUCAAAUCAGUUCCAACGGUCUUGAAUACGUCGGUGGAGUAUCUAGAAGAAUACUACCGCACUGAUGCUCAUCCAUCUUCUAGAAAAAAAAGAAACUCCUCUCUCCGGGUAUCAGUGGGUCUUGCCUGUGGGGCCGUAGUGGGAGGCGGAGCAUUCAUCGCAGCUGCAGCUGUACUCCUGUCGAAGCGAACACGACGAAGAAUACCGAAUGUCUUGAAGAAACCGUUCUGUCCGUCGCUAAGGAAUUCUAACUCAAGGAAUAAUCGGCGAGCACCACGACUUGCUUUGGCACUUGCAAACUGUCCACCGAUACAUAUGUUACGCAGUCCAGCCGUCGUUGAUGAAGACUACAGAGAACCCUACAAUAUUUGGCGUGAGACUCUUGGUCAUCGAGACAAACGUGAAAUGCAUGACCAGAACGAAUAUAAUGAGAUUUGCGAGGAUACUGAAUUCCCGCGUCCUUAUAUGAUGAAACGACCGGACCCGCACGAAAGCUUCUACGCGGCAACGGACAUCAUCCAUCACACGUAUCCCGACGAGAGGUCCUUCCGGCGUGAACGGCCUACUCCAGGACUCUUCACCUCAAUCAAACUACCAGAAGCUGAGCCCCCAAACGGCGUGGCGCCCCUGCUGGAUUUCCCGCGGGGGCGCAUGCGUCCGGUUACAUUCCUAGGCGAGGGACCACAUGGCACUCUCCAGAUUUGCGAGACGGAUGGUAUCGAAGAACUGAGCGACGAGGAAUUGCCGAUUGGCCACCGCCGCCGGCUUGUUGUCGUCAAAACAUUAUGGCGAGGGUGCCAUAGCGAUAUCAAGGCGGCGUUUGCCCGCGAAGCUACAUGGGGAGCAGGGUUGAAACACCCGCAGCUUGCGCAAGUUCUUGGGUUGAGCCUCCUCGAACCCCCAUGCGCGGCACUCGACCGCGGCGAUGCUGUUCCUCUCCCGACGAUUCUGAAGAUGGAACGAAAAUUGAACUAUUCGAGUUUGAUUCACAUAGGCUGCCAAAUAGCGAGCGGCAUGAAGUAUCUGGAAUCGUUCGAGUUAGUACACCGGGAUCUCGCGGCACGAAAUAUUACAGUGAGCGAGAAUCUUCAUAUUAAAGUGGCUGACUACGCCAUGUUUUGUGAAGAGUUUGUCGGCGACUAUCAUAUCCUAGCGGAUGGCUCUCGUACCCCCUUACGAUGGAUGGCUUGGGAAAGUUUACUAAUGGGCGUCUAUUCACCAGCUAGCGACGUCUGGUCAUUCGGUGUGACCGUUUGGGAAGUGCUCACAUACUGCUCGGCUAAACCUUUUGAAGAAAUGAAUGAUGAUCAGGUGGUAGCGAAUGCGAGUGAAUGGCGUUCCGGAGGCCGCGGAGCCCGCGUGCCAGCCGCGCCGCCGCCGCGCUGCCGCCGCGAACUCUACGAUCUCAUGCAUGAGUGCUGGCGCCGCGAACCCAUGCAGCGGCCCCGCUUCCACGACCUACACAGGUUCCUCGACCGCAUGACCCAUGGCUAUAAGCCACCAUUACACCGCUAAAUACCAAGGAUGUAACAACGGUUUAAGACGCUAAGAUUUUUCCCCAACCAAGACUCGGAGGUCAAUCGCUCGGAUAUAGCGUAUCGGGUAACUUAAAUAAUGCUCUCAAAAAACUAUGAUUGAAUGACGAAAUUUUUGUUUCUAAAUCAGACGAAAUA